UAAACUAGCACAAGCCGAAGAGAGAAGAAACAAACGAAUAGACGAGCUCUCAAGAACCAAAGAAACAAACCCAAGCGGUGACACAGCAACAGCACAACGAGAGGCAAAAGGGAGAACACCGCCUCCACCGUCGCUACCCGCGUUACAGGGGAAUGCACACACCGCCACGGCCGAUGGAACAGACACCACACAACCCACGGCUUCCAAUACAUCAACACACACCACAGACCCCUCAGAAAGGAAAACAACAAGCACGUCUACAUCGAGCUUAAAGGAUGCAGCUACGACAAAGUCUGUGGCGACCAAGCCCAGCACGCGCCUGGAAGUCCUUGGUUUGCGCCGUUUAAGAGACGUUAUUGCCCGUGUGCACAAGGAGACGGCAGAUGCCAUUGUGCCAGAAGCUGACUUGGAGGCCUGGAGGAAACACAGCCUCGCCACAGGCAUCAAAUCAGUCAGCAAGCUGCUGAACGAGAGC